CAUCACCAACCCUAAGCCCUAGGCCGUCUCCGGAUUGGGCGGCGGUGCCAUAGUGGUCUGAUUGGUCUGCCGUAGCCCGGGCGCAGCCAAUCACCCGGCGGUGCUGACUAUUCGACCGACCACGGGCCGAAGCGGCUUCAAACUCACCUCAACUCCAAACUCCCUCUCCAAGUCCUCAUCCCCCCCUCUCGACCGCCGUCAUUACAUCAACCACCUGGACAAUGUUCCUUCAACGCACAGCCUUCGCCCUUGCGAGGCGCACUCCUGCCCGGGCCUUCGCUGCUCGCCCGUUCUCCUCCUCCGUCGUCCGCUGCAACAAGGCCAAGUACGGAGUUGAGAAGGAUGGCAAGAUCCUUCCUUUCGAAGAGAUCAAGACCGAGGAGGACCUCGUUCCCCCUGGUGCCAAGGCCGGAACCAUCCCCAGCGACGUUGAGCACGCCACCGGUCUCGAGCGUCUGGAACUUAUCGGAAAGAUGCAGGGCAUUGACAUCUUCGACAUGAGGCCCCUGGAUGCCUCCCGCAAGGGAACCCUUGACAACCCCAUCAUUGUCAACGGUGCCGGUGACGAGCAGUACGCCGGUUGCACCGGUUACCCUGCCGACUCUCACCAGGUCAACUGGCUGACGGUGUCCCGUGACCGCCCUCUCGAGCGCUGCGGCGAGUGCGGCAACGUCGUCAAGCUGAACUACGUCGGCCCUGACGAGGAUCCCCAUGCCCACGACCACGGUCACGGCCACGGCCACCCCCCUCACGAGGAGCCCAAGACCUUCGCCGACUUCGUCAAGCCCGAGUACUGGUACCGGUAAAUUAUCUAUCUGACGUCGCGACGAAUUAUAAUCGGGGACGCGGGGCUUGUAUUUGAAAGAAGGGGGAUAGAGAAUUCAAGACAAUUGAAGAGCCAAAAAACAAAGGAAUCGGAAGGGACAUGUAAAAAAAAGCAACAGCCGUUACCUACCUACCUACCUUUCUUAAUCGCCGGCCUUACAUAUGGAUG